AGUUUGACUAGUGAGGUCUGAGAAGAUGGCCUCCUCGGAUCAGGUUGAGCCUCCUGCUCAGAGUGUUUCUCCCGUGAUUAAUGAGAAGGGUGUCCCAAGAGAGCAGCUGAUCGCCACCGCCGUGAAGUUUCUGCAGAACCCCCGGGUCCGCCAGAGUCCGGUGUCCACCAGGAAGGACUUUCUGAAAAGAAAAGGGUUAACCGAUGAGGAGAUCGACUUGGCGCUGCAGCAGUCUGGCACAGCCCACGGCGAUGCACAAACUUUGGCGGCCGGUAUGGGGGUCCCGCUCGCCGUCCCGUCUCAUCAGCUGGUGGUGCAGCCAUACAGUCCCCCCGGCUCUCGCUGGAGAGGAUACGGAGCGCUCGCCAUUAUCCUGGCUGGCAUAGCCUUUGGCUUCCACCAGCUUUACAAGAGAUACCUGCUCCCUCUGAUCGUCGGCGGCAAGGAGAGCCGCAAGCAGCUGCAACGCAUCGAGUCCGCGGUGUCUGAGAUGAGUGGUAGCGUGACACAGACAGUGACUCAGCUCCAGGCUACACUUGCGGCGGUGCAGGAAUUGCUGGUCCAGCAGCAGCAGAAGAUUCAGGAGUUGUCGCAGGAACUCGCCGCAUCAAAGCAUUCCAGUUCCACCAACACCAUCCUGGAAUCCCAAAACAUCCAAGAACUGAAGUCGGAAAUUUACUCCUUGAAAGGGCUGCUACUGAACAGGAGACAAUUUCCACCAUCCCCUUCCGCGCCCAAGAUCCCCGCCUGGCAAAUCCAAGUCAAACCUCCAACGUUAUCCGGCUCGGCCGUGCUGAACCACAACAGCAGCAGCGACAUUUCCCCCGUGAGCAACGAGUCCGGCUCGUCCUCUCCGGUGAAGGAGAGCCACAGCCCGGAAGGUUCCAAGAUGAACCCCCACCAUUUGACCCCCACUGGGGAAGAAGAACCUGACAUUGAUGUUCAGAGUCAGGUGCGCAUGGAAGUACAAGGAGAGGAAGAGGAAGAGGAAGAGGAAGAAGAUAUUGGGCAAGCAGACGAGGAAGACCACAUCGCGGUCCAGACAGAAGACCGCAGAGGGGGAGACGGGCAAAUCAACGAGCAGGUAGAGAAGCUACGUCGGCCCGAAGGUGCCAGCAAUGAAAUGGACUAAGAUGCCACGUCUUCCUCUGAGACGCCAGUCAUCUCUCUCCAGUUCCUUGAGAUUCUGUUGGGAUUUUGGGAUCAGAGUUGUAACAACGCAAAGCUCUGGUCUCUGGUGGGGGAGAUAAAACCUCAGUUUGCAGAGAUGUGGAUUUGAUGGUCUUCUGUUGUCCAGAAACGCUACAUUUACAUCAAGACGUCUUCUCGCUUUUACCCGCAGGACAAUCUCUUUGUGUUUGUAAAUAACGGGGGCGUAAAUUGAUUUCCUUCAAACACCUUGAAACAGGUUUUACCCCGUGUGACAGAACAUGCCAGUGGAAUGGGGGACGCCGCUAUAUCUUCAGUCACAAGACCAACAUCUCCUUUCUAAGCUAAAUAUAAAAAAAGAAGAAAAAUCCUCCAAUGAUUAAUCCAUGAAAAUCAAACUUAAUGUUUUAUUGAGUGCUGCUUGGUGCUGCUGUUUGCGAAUGACCCGUAAUUACCACCCCGUACCCGUCAGGUGUUGGGGGGCACAUAUUUCAGACAGACGAUGUUCCAUUCUUUGGCUGAAGGGACCUUAGCAGGACCCACGGGUUUUGGAAUAUAGAAGAUUACAGACGCAGUUUAACAAUAGGAAGAAUAGGGGGUUUUAUUGAGAUUCUGCCGUCUUCUGUUCCGCUAUCGCCAAAUAGAUUAUCGGCCGCUACGUCACUCACUUUAUACUCAAGUCCCCAACACACACUUUUUUUGUCGACCCAAAUGCUCUCCUCUGCUCUGUGACUUCGGUGUUAUUUGCCCGACUGAAGUCAAGGGUCCUACGUGUCUGCGUGAACAGAACACAAAGAGCCGUCGGCCUCCAGCCGGUAAGAGGGCCAGAGAAUAGCCUGACUGGUCAGUGGAAGUAGUCACAUGAUCCACACCCUUUAAACCCUGGUCAGAAUCCCAAUGACUAAAAACAAAGAAACGUUAAAAAACUCUAAGUAAAUCCCAAAGCCAUGAAAAUCACGCUGAGUGCCAAGGAAGCGAGGCAGCCCUGCCAGCCUUACACGGCUGAUAGAAUAGUGGCAAUCAGACACGACAAUUAAUGUAAAGAAUAUUUCAAAGAGAAUGAAAUCCGUCACCAGACCGACAUGCGCAGCGUAGAGGUCCAGAACCCUGAAGCGUUUUCCUAGCGGCCGACUUAAAACGUUGCCGGGAACAGGAGAUUAAACCCUCGCGUACCUCCACUGCAGCACCGCGCACGCUUAAUCUCAUCAACCCACCGUGCUCAUUAGUGUGGCUAAUGUAUAGAUUUCCAGUAAAAACUCUUUAAUUGUACAUAAUUGUAAUAAAGAACAGUUGCUAUUUAA